UUACAGGCAAAUUCGCUUCAAAUUGCUCCUGGAAAUCUCAUUUCCACUAUCUCUAUCUAGGAUCCUUGUCAAGAAGGAAAAGAAAGAAAAAAACGAAGAAGAAAAGCAGCAUUACGCGCCGUUACGGCGGAUACAUGAACUGCUUCCAACGUAGUGCGAUAAAGUACAUCGAAAAGGGCGACUGGUCGGAGGGUGUUGGUCCCGAAUGAGAGAAGGGGAAGGGGAGGAAAAUACGCGGCAACGUACAUGGCGGAGAUGGGAAGACGCGCGCCGCUAUUUUCCGCUCUUUGAAGAUCGUUGAUAUAAAGCUUCCUCGAGCGAUGUUUCCGCGGCAUACGAAUCGUAUCACGUGAGCUAUGCCUGCGGUUGAAAUUACGAAGCAGCUUGGGGACGUCGAUGGAACGUAGACGUGUGAGAAAGCAACGGGCGAAGAUAUUCAAAUUACUUUCUCUUAGAAGAGAGAGCGAGAGAGAGAGAGAGGGAGAGUUUGCCCUCUUUCAGGAAGAAAAUCUUCGCGCACGGCGCCGAUAUUUCAUCAUCGGAUUCGAUAUGCGCGCGAAAAGCACCAAUGGCGUGUGAUUUUAUAAAUUUCGCUGGCAGAGAACGCGGCGACACGGCGGCGAACUUGAAGGAAACUACGAGUGCCCGACAAAGGCUGUAAAACGGGUGCGAGCGGGGGAGUCGAGUCUGAUUCGGGAACCGGUGGGAUUCAAACACGAAACCUGGGUCAAGGGUCGAGGAAAACCGAACAUCGAAACGAUGUGAGAGGAAUAUAUGGACGGACAACAAACGGAUUGGGCAGAUUCGGCGAAAUCACGAACACGUGGCGAGACGUGAAGCGGGCGUUGAGCCUGCUGUGCGUGAAGAAAUUUUCCGGCAGCGCGACAAUGCUGGAGGCGCCGCCCGGAAGUCGCGAAGACCUCGUAGAGGCGGCAAGAACUCCAUGUACACCUACCGAUCUGGACACGAUGCUGUACGGAUACACGAACAGCAUAUACGUGCUGGACCACACGCCUGAGUCCUUGCCGGACAUGGACAUGCUGCAACUGUUCGCGUCUCCAGCAGGUCGAGCGCUGCUCACGAACGACAAUCGACCGAGAGGAUCGACGUCGACCUCCUCCUUGUCUCGAGAGUCCUCGUCGAGGCUGAAGAGAGGUAGGAGACCAUCGGGUACCGGCACAGUCAGCGCACCUACGUCGCCUCCAAGACGGCGGAAGUCGAGCACCGAGCUCUACAAGGAGGCCGUCGAGAUCCUCGGCCUAACUUGCUCACUGACUGAUAGCUGCCGGUGCAUCGAUUGCCAGAGCAACUACUUCGACUGCGACGACGAUUGCGCCGACGCCGGUACGGAAUUGGCUGCAGGCACUCCUAUUUUAUUGGACCACGCUCUGUCGCAUCAUCUGACUGUAUGUUCCAUACAGUAGCAGGCGACUGGCAGAACGAAGACUACGAGAUCAGCCCCCGGUUAACCCGCUCUGCCACAUUCACCGGAAGAGGAUGAUGACGUCGCCGGCACGUUGACAUUUCCCAACAACAACAAAAUGCGCAACGCCCCGCGCUCGAAAUCAGGAAUCUGCGUGACUAGAAGCAACCAGCGCGGCAACGGCAUUAUGCAACGAUCGAAUAUGUAACAGGAAUAUAUCGAGUCGUUCGUUUUGUGUUACGCUCAUCCGCAAGAAUUCACGCAAAUAUUUCCCCUCGCCAAAUCAUUUACCUGACAGUACGCACGAUUGGGCGAUUAUUUGCCCGGCGGUAUCUAUCGGAAAAAUUGAAGAGUCGCACUUCGUGGUCGACACAACAUAAAUUUUUAUUCGAGCGCACCUCCCGUGCGCGUCCCAUCGAGUGCACUCUAUAUAGGUUUUAUAAUCGUUUUCGAAACAUAGUAUAUAAACGUCGUCGGAUUUGUAAUACAAGGGGUGAUAGAACAACAGGAUAAUUUGUUGAAAUUAUCAUUCGCGAGCGGUUAUCCGCGCAGGUGUUAUUUGUUUUUAUCGGUGCAACGACUCGCACACUUGUUGUUGUAUCGUCGAAAAAUUCGACCUCCGGAAAUUGCGUUCAGAAGCGACGGGAAAGCACGGCUCAAAAAUCGGACAAAUUAAAUUAUGCCAAAUAGCGCCAAAUUUACGAUAGGAGAUCUUAAUUAAUAAUUAGCGCCUGCGUCGCGUCCACCAUCGCGCUCCGACAUUCCACGGAUGAACGUAUCGGUAUUGUUUCAUCGGAUCGCGGUGUGUAUAUGAGAAUUAUAUAUCAUAUAUAUAUAUAUAUAUGUGUGUGUGUGCGCGCGCGCGUAUACACACAUACACAUAAAAACAUAUAUAUAUAUUAUAUUUACUACAUGUUUUAUUAUUAAUAUCUACCUAAGUCUAGCGAAAUACAGUUGUUGAACAGCAAGCGCUCGCGGCUAAAUAAAGAAAAACGCUCCGUUUGGCGAAUUAAGCGAUUUCGAAACGAUGUUAUGUAUAGACUUUAAUAUGUGUGUCAAACAGUUGAAUAUGUGUUCGAUUAAGUUUUCUAAAAUAAACCCCCUCCUGCCGGGAACUCCACGUUGAGUUGAGGAGAUGUGUGUAAUAACAUAGCGAGUAGGUAUUCUCAACCUGCGAGAUGCGUAAAAAUACAACGCAAUCGCAAUAAUGAAUAAUAUCCUGUUGGCGAUGUCGUUACGUAAAUUAAGUUACCGUGAGAUAAAGUAGAUGAUAAUCGGAAGGUUGGGGACACCUCUCGCGUGUAAUUGUAAACGACGUAACGAUAAACGAAGUUAGGCCUGAAUUAUGUUGCGAAUUUCAAGCUGGGUGACGCAUACCGAGAACAAACGAACGUGAGAAAGCGUCGUUCCCGUCGUGAACGAUUAGGAAGCUUAGCGAUAUAUAUCGAAGCGAAGGGAUUUCGAAGAGGGUCAAGUGCCAAAUAACUCGUUGCUAAGCCAGAUGAUUAAUCGAAUUGUUAACGAAACUUCCGCGUAUAUGUUAAUUAAAACGUUGCGCUAUAUAUUUCGGACACUCCGAUAAAAUUUUAUACCGUGAGCUGGAACAAAAUAUUUACCUCCAGAUUUAAUGGAUAGGAAUUCGAUGCAUUUUGCCCGCCGAAACUUUUUCUACGUUGAGUAUUAAAUUUCCAUUGCCUUUGGGUUCGAUGAGCAUCGUGUUAUUUAGGGUCAGUGCGUUCUGUAAUUUAAGUUAUAAUUAUACGAUACUGUGUAUUUUGUAAUUUAUCAGGGUCUACGAAAAGGGAAAACAAUAAGCGCGAAUGAAGCUUUCGAUUCUGGUAUAUUUAUAAAUAACGAGGCAUCUAAGUGAAUCUCACCCCAGAGGAUUAACAAUCGAUGAGGGAGCUAUUGCAAUUCUCAUUGUGCUUCUUUUGGUGAAAUUUUUAUUGUGAUUUCGUGUGCGGGAUUGUUAACGGCAGCCGCGGAGCAUCAAUUAUGCUUUAUACAAAUUCGCUUUGAGUUCGUGUAAACUCCCAAUGAACACCAAUAAGUAGUAAAAUAUUAAUGUUAUAACUUCCCACUCAACACGUAAAUGCAAUAUAACGCGUACAUUAUGUAACAGUUACAUUGUUGAGUGGAAAAUUAUAAUUAAUUGAUAUUAUAUCACUGUUAGCAUUCACUGGGCUGUUGUUUUCGUUAUUUGAAUAUGGAAAUAAUAUUUCCCGAAAAUCUGGUGUUACAAGAGGCUUCAGCAAUAAAUCCAGACUUUUUCUCCUAAAACGCCUGCAUACGAGCGAAAUUCUCGCGCAAAAGCGCACGAACAACCAGAACACGACACAACGCGACAUUUUUAUGUUUCACAUUCGGGAUUUCCGUAAUCUCGCCAAAAUCUUACUGCGACACCGUUACUUUUUACAAUGAGACACACGUCGUCGUCGGAACUAGAUAUAAUGAAUAGAUCUAUAUUCAAUCUCGUCGUCACAAAUUUCUUUCAACUCGGUGAACGAUCGAUGAACGAGUAGAUUCGCGCUCUUCUUCUUCUGAACAGCCGUCGCCGUUUAUCGCGAAGUCGUGCGAAUAAUAACUUCUCUGGAAACGAUAUAAUUGUUUUCAUUGCUAACACGCACAAAAGACAAACAAAUGCAAAAAGGAUCAUCAGAGAUGCCAGGCAUAUCGUCAGCAACCCGAUCUUCUCGCUCUACAAAAAAAUAUCCUAAAGUCGCGCAUUUUUUUAUAAAUAUCACAAAAUUAAAAUGCCAUACAUCAAAUGCAUUCCAAAUGGAAUUUGCGAGUUAUAUUAUUAUAUUCGUUGGCUACCAGAGAUAAGUUAAGAACGUUAUUCCGUUUUAGCGACGUAACUAAGGUGGUUAUCACGUUGAAGAGAAAGUGAGAAAGAGAGGGAGAAUCUAAAAUAAAUGAUCGAUGAUAUUUGAUAGUUGACUCACGCUCUCCUUCGCGCAGUAACGACUGAUCGAUCAACGGCCUCGGAUAUCUGACGACAUUUACUAAUGUACCUUUUUUCACCAAGAUGACAAUUAUUUAUCUUCGUUGAGAAGGCGCGUCAUAGCGGAAUGUUAGUAUGACCGAAGUACUAUCACUAACGUUAUUAAGUGUAGAUAGAAUGAAAAGGUGCGAUUAAGUAGACGUAAGCGGGAGAGAGCUGUAAAAUUGAAAUUUACGUUUUACAAUUAAUACGUCGAAUGUAAUAAUUUAUAGAAUUUGGAUGUUCUCUGGAUGAUUUUAUAGACAAAUGAGGCAAAUAAAAAUUUUAUUAUCGGUAAGUUUUCUUCAUAUUAUAGCGGGACACUUUUUAAAAUUGUUAUUAUGUUUAAUAUUGUUAUGUUGGCUCUAGUUAAAUGUUUGUGUAAUAUACUUUAAGUACUUUAGAUACAUAAAAGAUCAUUCUGAUAUUUACUUUAUAUUUCCGGCUUUCUCCCGCAUACAUCCGCAGCCAAUCGAGUUUUAGAGUGCACGUCCGUUGCGUCGGAUUGGCUUCUUCUCAUCGACGAAAGUAACAGCGCAAUUAAUAACCUUUCCGAAUAUAUUCGAGAGUCGCGAAUAAACUCGCGAGGGUAUGUAAUGCGAAAUCUGUGGCUUCUAACCAUUUUAUAGUAACAUAAAUUGCGAGGGAAAUUUGGAGGAGGUGAUCCUCGCGAGCCGCUGCGGCGUACUCUUCGAUAAAACUACCAUUAAAGUAUGAUACAAUAUACUUGA